AUGAGCUUCUUAACAGGGUCCUCGGGCCAUACUUGGCAACCCACAAUGACAUCAGAUACUACUACCCCAAGUUAUUGGCUGAAUUGGAGGUUCUUCAUCUGUGCAAUAUGGAUCAUAGCCUCCAUGGCUAUAGCAUCUUUUUUAAUAUGGAAGCAUGAAGGGUUGAAUAAACCAACACCUGAGAGGGGAGAAAAUCAGAGAGAAGCUGUUGAAUUGGUAUAUGAAGAUGAAGCAUGGAAUACAUGUCUUAGAGGAAUUGAUCCUUCCUGGCUGCUUAUUUAUAGAAUAAUUUCUUUUCUUGUGCUUUUGGCUUUGAUCAUCGCCAAUGGGGCUGCUGAUGGAGGCGGCAUAUUUUACUUCUACACUCAAUGGACCUUUAUUUUGCUCACCAUAUACUUUGGGCUUGGAUCAUCUUUCUCUUUAUAUGGAUGUUUCCUUAUACACAAUAAAUUUGGGAGUGGCACAGUUAAUCGUGCAUCUUUAGACGCAGAACUAGGCACUUAUGUGGUUUCCACUCAUGAUGGAGCUUUAGAUAUGCCUAACAUGCCCAAGAGUCCAGAUCAGGAAUCUCAUGCUCGGAAAAUUGCUGGUGUAUGGGGUUACAUUUUUCAAAUAAUUUUUCAGACUUGUGCAGGUGCUGUAGUACUCACUGACUUUGUAUUCUGGUUCAUCAUUUAUCCAUUUCUGACAUCCAAAGAUUACAAUCUGGAUUUUUUCGUUUUUUGUAUGCACACCAUUAAUGCUGUUUUCCUCCUCGGUGACACAUCAUUGAAUUGCAUGAGAUUUCCAAUUUUCCGGUUUGCAUAUUUUGUCUUGUGGACAUCAAUAUUUGUUAUUGUUCAGUGGAUCAUCCAUGUUUGUGUUUCAAUUUGGUGGCCUUAUCCUUUCCUUGACUUGUCAUCCCCAUAUGCACCCUUAUGGUACUUGGCUGUGGCUCUUAUGCAUUUUCCAUCCUACGGCAUCUUUAUUUUAAUAGUGAGGCUGAAGAACUACUUGUUAUCAACAUCGUUUCCUGGGUCUUCCCGUUCUGUACGUUGA